UCCGCUGGAAGGGACAACCGUGAAGUCAGCAACGGCGCCGGCUGGGCGAGAUUUCCUCGCCUCCUGGAUUCGAGGAGCGUGAGUCCCUCGGGAGAUGGCGUACGCCGAUCGGUCUCCGGCGGACAAGGACAGGUUCAUUUGCAUUUAUCCUGCAUAUUUAAAUAACAAGAAGACCAUUGCUGAGGGAAGACGGAUCCCAAUAGACAAAGCUGUUGAGAAUCCUACAGCUACAGAGAUCCAAGAUGUAUGCCUGGCAGUUGGACUUAAUGUGCACAUUGAGAAAAAUAAAAUGUACUCCAGAGAGUGGAAUCGUGAUUUACAGUAUAGGGGCAGAGUACGGGUUCAGCUAAAGCAGGAAGAUGGCAGCCUGUGCCUUGUACAGUUUCCAUCACGUAAGUCAGUAAUGUUGUAUGCAGCUGAAAUGAUACCCAAACUAAAAACAAGGACACAAAAAACAGGAGGUGGUGACCAAAGUCUUCAACAAGGAGAGGGAGGUAAAAAAGGAAAAGGGAAGAAGAAGAAGUGAUCCAGUGAUACCUGAUUGCUGAAUAUAUGCCAGUACUACACGAGAUAAGAAUGAACAUUGAUGAUUUGCUCCCGAAGUGAAUGAUGAAAAAGGAAACUGAAGAAGUUGUAUGAUUUGUUACCUUCACUUAACUGGAAUAUGUAUGUUUGUGCCUCUCAACUUCAACAGAACAGUCAACCAACUUGAGUUCAUGAAAUAAAAAAAUUGGCAUUGGAAAGUUGCGUCUAGCCUUCAUAUAG